AUGUCUCACAUCCAAUACUACGCAUACAAGGACAUUGGCGACGAGAAACACGUCAAGUUCCGCUUCAGCCAGGCCGUGCGCCUUGGAGACCGCAUCGAAUGCGCCGGGCAAGGCGGCUGGGAACCCAAGACAGGCGAAUUCGAAAAGGAAAUCAAGGCCCAGAUUGAUUUGGCCUUUGCCAACGUUAAGCGUAAUCUCAAGGGUGCUGGAGGGAAGGGCUGGUCCCAGGUCUUCAGAGUGAACUCGUACCAUGUGCCUAUUACCAACGAGGCGCUUGAUGCGAUGGUGCGGAGCUUCAAGAAGUACAUGCCGGAUCACGAGCCUAUUUGGACUUGCGUGGGAGUUACUCGGCUGGGUGAGGAUGAUAUGCGUGUGGAGACUGAGGUCGUGCCUCAUGAUCCGGAGGGGGCUAAGGCUGCUGGGUUGAUAUAA